AUGGUGCCAACGAGCUCAUCGGCGAACGUGCAAUCAACAAGAUCAACAACAAUAACAAGCACGACCUUCAUCGUUCCCCUUUGGAUGAUCAAGUUGCUUGUUUUGAUUCUAUGCUUCUUCAUCUUGAUUUCUUCAUUUUUCACAUCACAAACGGCUUCUCAUCCACGCACUUUUCUCACCAUUCACUUGACCGCAGCGGCAUUGAUUGGCUGGUCAAUUCAGACGGUUUUACGUCAAUUAUUGAACAUUCGCUAUGUGGAACUCCUGCUAAAUUUCGUGUUCCUUAUUUUAUGCAUUUUAUGUGUUAUUGCUUUAUUGGUCUACAUUUUCGAGACGAAACUCGAAAAUGGCUUCUCUUUUGCAUUUAUGCUAAUUUUCGUGAUUCUUGCAAUGAUUUCAUUGUUGCUUCUCACAUGGUCAUGGCAAGAAAAAAAAAUCGUUGUUUCCGCA